CUUUCUUCUCUAUUUCUUGCGUGAAAUUUUGUUGCCUAGUUGACUAGCCGCGGACCCAGGGCGGACAACGAUGAAGAAUAAGGCGAAGCACUAAGCACUGGCAAACAGUGGAGGAUUAAUUCCUUUCCUCCUUCAUAAUUCCCAGUUUGCCGAGUCCAUCUUCCUUCUGCUGGUAAGCGAUUCUUUCGGUGAUGUCUGGUGUUCUUGUUCCAAAGCUAACAUUCAUUUUCUGUCUUCACCGUAAAGCAGCCGCCUCCGUAUCUUUCCUUAACGGUAGAGUUUUUCAAUUUCGAUUUGCUUGAGAGCUCUGCAUUGCACAUCGUUGACAGAUUGGGUGAAUCAGUUUGUGGGUAGUUGUAAAGUUCCCCUGUUUGCAGCUACAACGACUGGCGGAACUCCAGAACGAACUUGGGUUUCCUGUGAAAACUUGUCUGCUUGAAUUUCCGUGAUGCCUGAACAUUGGUUUAGUAUUAUAUCUGUAAUGUGCCCCCAGAAACUUGCUCACGUCAAGUUUCUCAUUGUCAGACCUCCCUUUCCUGUUUUAGAACAUGAAUCAAUUCCUGAUUUGGAAUUCUCGCAGCAGGGUUUAGAUAUAAACUACUGGUUCCAUGUCAAUUAUUUCAUUGAUCCACUAUUCAUGUAUAAGGGCACCCCCUUAAUUGCUCUUACUUCUGAGCUAAAGUUAUCGUUUUCUAUUGGGAAUGAUGCCUUGAUUGCUUACGUUUAUCCGUUAUAAGUCACUGUUGGCUUGGAGAAUCUUAUUAAGGAGUUGCAGAUGAAUCUCAUGUUGAUAUUUGCUUUGAAAUUUUCCCAGUUGUACCCGUAAGGAGCUUGUUUUGCUUGAAUAUCUCUCACUACCAAUGGCUACAAAGCCAUUGAGCAACAUAUGGAUUCGACAACAACAAUGCCCAUGCGGAGACUGGAAGUGCUACCUUAGGUCUGAUGGAGAUGAUCAAUCAACAUCAAUAAACUCCCACUUACCAAAGAAUGAGCCAACGACAUCAUCCUCAUCAUUGGUCGAAGCAGUCUUCACACCCUAUGUUGGUCAGAUUUUCAAGACCGACGCAGAUGCCUUUCAGUGCUACAGCAACUUUGCGCGAAAGAAUGGCUUCUCAAUCCGGAAAGCACGAUCAACUGAAAGCCAAAACCUUGGAGUCUAUAGGCGUGACUUUGUUUGCUACCGGUCGGGAUUCAAUCAGCCUAGGAAAAAAGCCAAUGUGGAGCAUCCCAGGGACCGAAAGUCGGUUCGAUGUGGAUGUGAUGCAAAGUUGUAUUUAACAAAGGAAAUAGUAGACGGUGUUGUUCAGUGGUAUAUCUCACAGUUCAGCAAUAUACACAAUCACGAGUUGUUGGAAGAUGAUCAAGUUCGACUCUUACCUGCAUAUAGAAAAAUUCAUGAAGCUGAUCAAGAACGUAUUGUCUUGUUAUCCAAGGCUGGGUUUCCUGUGAAUCGGAUAGUUAAAGUGUUGGAGUUGGAAAAGGGAGUUCAGCCUGGGCAGCUUCCCUUCAUAGAGAAGGAUGUGAGAAACUUUGUAAGGACCUGUAAGAAGACUGUUCAAGAAACUGAUGUUUUGCUUACUGAGAAGAAGGAGAAUGAUAGGUUGGAGCUUCUCGAAGCAUGCAAGGGUAUGGCAGAGAGGGAUAGUGAUUUCGCUUAUGAUUAUAGCACAGGUGUAAAUGAAAAGAUUGAGAAUGUUGCAUGGGCAUAUGGGGAAUCCGUUCGAGCCUAUGCAUUGUAUGGAGAUGUUGUUUACCUUGAUACAACCUACCGUUCGAUAACCUAUGGAUUGCUUCUAGGAGUGAUGUUUGGCAUGGAUAAUCAUGGGAAGGCUGUUCUGUUCGGAUGUUUCUUGCUGCAAGAUGAAAGUUGUAACUCUUUUGCAUGGGCUUUACAUACUUUUGUUCGAUUUAUGAGAAGUAGACAGCCACAGACGAUUCUAACAGAUGUAGAUUCUGGGAUUAUGGAUGCUAUAGCAAUGGAAUUGCCAGAUGCUAAGCAUGUGAUAUGUCGAUGGCACGUGGUGUCCAAGUUGUCUAGCUGGUUCUGUUUGCUUCUUGGUCAGCAGUAUGGGGAUUUUAAAGCUGAGUUUGAUAUCAUCUGUCACUUAGAAAGUGGAGAGGAAUUUGAACACCAAUGGAAUCUUUUGAUUGGAAGAUUUGGACUUGUUUCAGAUAAGCAUGCUGCUUUGCUCUACUCGUAUAAAGGAUCCUGGUCAAUGAGUUAUGUUAGAGGGUGCUUUCUGGCUCGUAUGUUGACUCCUGAGUUCUCGCAGUCGGUUGAUUUGUUCUUGAAAAGGAUUCUGAAUGGGCAGUCAUUGCAAGUGUUCUUUGAGCAGGUGAAUGCUGCUGCCAACUAUGCAAAUGAAGCCAAAACCAGGAUUUACUAUUCGCCGAUCAAGACAGGCACACCUAUCGAAGAGCAUGCACGGAGCAUUCUUACACCUUACGCUUUCAACAUCUUUCAGCAAGAAAUUGUGUUGUCCAUGCAAUAUGGAGCGCAAGAACUGCCAGAUGGGUCAUAUCUCGUACAACAUUUUAAGAAAUUGGAUGGAGAAUAUUUCAUAAUUUGGAUACCUGAAGAAGAACAGGUUCACUGUUCGUGCAAAGAAUUUGAGCACUCGGGGAUUCUGUGUCGGCAUUCUAUGAGGUUACUUCAGCUCAAGAACUGCUUUCAGCUCCCAGAAAAAUAUUUACCAGUCCGCUGGAGAAGUUCUGUGGGAGAAGAUCCUAAUGCUGAAAGCAACAGUGAUGAGUGUGUUCAAAGCUUCCAUAUUCUUGCUGCAUCUCUACUGACUGAAUCGGUGAUAUCCAAAGAUCGGUUUAGUUAUGUUCGUAAGGAGCUUUCAACAAUACUUGAGCAUGUUCGAAGCAUGCCAACUGGAGAAGAAUUGCUUCUCAAUGUGGCUGAUAAUAAUGGCGUUGAAUCAUGACUGGGAUAAAAUAUAGUCUAGGGUGACCUAUAUAAACCACAGUUAUAACAUUGCGCAUCAAAAUAUAACUUUUGCUUAUCUUUGAUUGCGUUGAACAGCAACCGGAAAGGGUGAAAUACAAGCUUUUUGGUUGCUUCUAUCUGCAUCUUUAUUCAAUUAUUCUUGACUUAAUAUAUUUGUAUGGCCUGAACUUUGAUUAAAAUAAAUAUCCUGAC